AUUUACUUCGGGUCUCUUAUUUUGGAAAUACACACAGGAUGUUAGCUUGGCAGCAGUUGGCUACAUGUUAGCCGCAGUGUUUGUUUCCGGUCGAUGCAGAGCUGUCAAUCUUUAGCUAACUAGCAUCGUUAGCAUCGUUAGCCGCUGUGUUGUCAUAUCAACACGGAGCUGUUACUAGAGCGUCUCUUCAUCCACAUCCGGAGGACUCACAUCUGGAGGACACACAUCUGAAGGACACACAUCUGGAGGACACACAUCUGGAGGACACACAUCUGGACUCUGCAGAACUGGGAGAUGAAAUGACAACGUCAACACUGCAGAAAGCGAUCGAUCUUGUGACCAAAGCCACAGAAGAAGACAAGGCAAAGAACUAUGAAGAGGCCCUGCGCCUGUACCAGCACGCGGUGGAGUACUUCCUACACGCCAUCAAGUAUGAUGCCCACAGCGACAAGGCAAAGGAAAGCAUACGAGCCAAAUGUCUGCAGUACCUGGACCGGGCAGAGAAACUCAAAGACUACCUGAAGAGUAAAGACAAACAGGGCAAGAAGCCCGUCAAGGAGGCGCAGAGCAAUGACAAGAGCGACAGUGACAGCGAGGGAGAAAACCCAGAGAAGAAGAAGCUGCAGGAGCAGCUAAUGGGUGCCAUCGUGAUGGAGAAGCCCAACGUCAGGUGGAACGAUGUGGCCGGACUGGAGGGAGCCAAGGAAGCUCUGAAGGAAGCCGUCAUCCUGCCCAUCAAGUUCCCUCAUCUCUUCACAGGCAAGCGGACUCCAUGGAGAGGCAUCCUGCUGUUCGGGCCUCCGGGGACGGGGAAGUCCUACCUGGCCAAGGCCGUGGCCACAGAGGCCAACAACUCCACCUUCUUCUCCGUCUCCUCCUCAGACCUCAUGUCCAAGUGGCUGGGAGAGAGUGAGAAGCUGGUGAAGAAUCUGUUCGACUUGGCUCGACAACACAAACCCUCGAUCAUCUUCAUCGAUGAGGUGGACUCGCUGUGCGGCUCCAGGAACGAGAACGAGAGCGAGGCCGCCCGCCGCAUCAAGACGGAGUUCCUGGUCCAGAUGCAGGGUGUGGGAAACAAUAACGACGGCAUCUUGGUGCUGGGAGCCACCAACAUCCCCUGGGUUUUAGACGCUGCCAUUCGCAGAAGAUUUGAGAAGCGGAUCUACAUCCCUCUGCCGGAGGAGCCAGCUCGGGCUCAGAUGUUCCGUCUUCAUCUGGGCAACACGCCGCGCAGCCUGAGCGACGCCGACCUGCGGCAGCUCGCCCACAAAACAGACGGCUACUCCGGAGCCGACAUCAGCAUCAUCGUCCGGGACGCGCUCAUGCAGCCGGUCAGGAAGGUCCAGUCGGCCACGCACUUCAAAAAGGUUCGAGGUCCGUCACGAAGCAACAGCCAGAUAAUGGUGGACGACCUCUUGACCCCUUGUUCGCCUGGCGACCCUGCAGCCAUAGAGAUGACCUGGAUGGAGGUGCCGAGUGACAAGCUGCUGGAGCCCAUCGUCUGCAUGUCGGACAUGCUGCGCUCCCUGUCCACCACCCGCCCCACCGUCAACACCGAGGACCUGUUCAAGGUCAAGAAGUUCACAGACGACUUUGGGAUGGAGGGCUGAGAGACGGAGCUCCUCCCACAUCACUGGAGUCCACCAGAAGGAUCAACCCCCC